AUGGCAUCCGACAACAAGACGAUUGUUCCCCCUAGGCGGGCGAAUACUGAUUACCCGCUCAUUGACUCCGAUCCACACGUGAGACGAGUUUUCGGAUACGCUAGACCCUCUGAUUACGCCAUUGCUGGUGGCAUGGCUGCUGCCUCCCCAUUCUCGUUCUGGAUGAUGGAACGGGUGAGUCCGUCCCAUGUGGGCAAAGGAGGCUUCGCCCCGGUUAUGCGUCUAGCGACAGCUAUCGGCCUUGUCGGAGGUCUCCAUAUCCUUUAUCAGCGAUCUUGCAACCGCUUCUACGGGUUUACGGAGAAUUCAAGGGAGGUCCAAAUGGACAAUAGGGAGAUGGUUGACAAAGUCAAGAAGGGCGAGCCUUUGUACGGUGCCUCGAAACUUUCCUCUUACCUACAAGGCGUGGCGGCGAGGAACUCGCGAUAUUCUGAACUGUUUAUCCAUGUUAUCCCAUGGGUCAACGCCGUCAAUCACGAUCAGCACGGAAUUGACACCGCCAAGUAUUAUCAACAAGCUGAGAGGGAACUUGAAGCUGAGAAGGCCGGCUCUAACUAA